AAGCGAUUAACGUAAUUCACUUUUUUAAAGUGUAGACGUUAAUUGAAUGAUUUUCAAUUGGUAUUUUUUCGCUGUGAUUUUAAUUAUUAAAAAAAAGCAUACUUGAGAAAUAUUUUGAUUUUAAAAAAUAUAAAAUAAAUUGUGUACUUGAUUGAAUAAACGAUUUCUUCUUCAAAAGCCACAACUACUUUUGGAUAUAGUUUUUUGCUGAAUGAUUAAGAGUUGGUAUUCAUAUCGGACACACUUGAGGUGGCUGCCCGAGUGCACAGCGAAUGGGAUGCGAAAUCAUCGUACGAAUAUAUCACAUAUUCUGAACGCGAUCAACGAUUCCCACCGUUGAUAAUAAGCAACGAAAAUGGGCUUAACGCCGAUCAAGUUACCAUACCAGUCAGCCAAGAAUCGUCUGUUUGGUGUACAACCCCGGAUGUCAUCCAGCUUUCAGCAAAUACCGACUUUCAACAUAAACGACCCGUUUAGCAAUGAGCGUCAAUCGAACCGACGAACUAGCAGACGAAAUGGGUUACCUAUCAAUAUGCUCGUCUCCCAGCAAAGGAGGAUCAGCAACAGUCGACUAGCGGUCAUCAUAUUUGGUGUUGUAGCCUUAAUAGCUGGACUAAUACUCUCUUCAGUUCCGUGGGUUCAUUAUAUAAUUUUAAAGAACUUGAAAAUAUGGAAUGGAACUUUAAGUUAUCAUUACUGGCAAAAACCUGGUGUAUUAAGACUGACAAAAGUAUUCAUAUUCAAUGUCACCAAUCCUGAUGGCUUCUUGCAAAACGGCGAAAAGCCAAAACUUCAAGAAAUUGGUCCAUUUGUUUAUAGAGAAAACAUGGAAAAAGUUAACAUUCAUUUUAAUAACAACGGUACGGUGACAUACCAACACAAAAAAAUUUUAGAAUUUAUGCCACAUCUUUCAGUUAUCAAAAAUGAUGAAAUCAAAUUAACUGUACCAAAUAUUCCCUUAUUAACAUUGACUACUCAAGCAAAUAGUUUACCGUCAAUAUUAAAAAGUUCACUUUCAGCAAUUUUAAGGUUUUCUGGUUUAACCCCGUUUAAACAUGUUACCCCACAACAACUAGUUUUUGGUUAUGACGAUCCAUUAACUUCUCUAGCAAACACAUAUUAUCCAAAAGGAAAAAGACCACCUAAAAAAAUGGGACUUUUCUUAAUGCGAAAUGGUACGCUAGAUGAAGUUUCUACAAUAUACACGGGUCAUAACGGAAUGGAGAAUUUCGGACUUCUCAAUCGUAUAAAUGGAAUGGAAGAGUUACCAUUUUGGAAAGGAUCUUGUAAUUCUAUUAGAGCAUCUGAAGGUUCUUUUUUCCCUCCAAGAGAAUUUACAAAGUCUGAUAUAGUACACGUGUAUGACAAAGAUUUAUGUCGAGUAUGGGCACUUAGGUACCGAAAAGAUGUGAUCAAAGAUGGUAUUACAGCAGGGUACUAUACACCUGACGACAAUCUUCUAGAAACUGUUGAAAAAAAUCCUGAAAAUUCAUGUUUCUGCGAAGACAACACUGAUUGCACGAUUAAAGGAUUACAGUACAUUGGACCUUGUCAAUUUAAUGCUCCAGUUUACUUGUCUUUUCCUCAUUUCUACAAAGCUGAUCCAAAACUUUUAGAAGAUGUUGAGGGUCUUUCACCAGAUCAAGAAAAGCAUGAAACAUUCUUAAAAAUUCAACCCAGACUGGGAGUACCACUAGAAGCCCGCGUGAAAGUCCAGCUCAAUUUAAAAGUCGAACAAUCUAAUAUUUAUCCAACAUCCAACUUCAGAAGCAUUACAUUUCCGAUUAUGUGGCUUGAAGAGGGUGUAAGCGACUUGCCGGAAAACAUUCAUCGCUGGAUAUACAUGGCCACCACAUUCGUAGACACAGCUGUUCCGUUGUUCACUUACGGGCUAAUCCUCGGAGGUGCACUAUUACUGGUCGCAGUGUUUGUCCGCACAUAUCACCAAAUCGUAUUUACCCGGGAAAACAUCGAACGUGGCAGACAAAGUAUCCUGCGACGGGGUAGCAGUAUGCUGGUAAAUGGUCAACAUCGGUUAUUGAUUGUUCGUGAAUCAUACCAUAGGAUAAGCAACACCGUGCAGGAAACCGACAUGGACGCGCAACAGCUUCUGUCGUGAUCUAAAGACUACUUAUUUUAACGUACCUAUUAUGAUUUUGAAAUUUGAAAACUUCUACCAUCACCUUUUCGUAAAAGAGAUACGAGUGAUAUGCUAUUAAAUUAUUGUGUAAUCUAAACUGUGAUAUAGAUAACGAAAAAUGCACAAAUGUUUAAUGUUCAUGUAGUCAUCAGAACAAACAAAUUCUCAAAUUGGACUGUGAUACGAAUUUUAUAGAUGAAGAAAUUUUAUAUAUAUAUACAUAUAUAUAUAUGUGUAUAGAAAAUAAAAUAAGAUAAACGAAAAUAAUCAAACA